UUCAGUAAACGCCAAGCGGUUGGCCUGGUGUGCAAGCUUUUACGAGUAUAUCAUUGAAAUAAAUAAAAUUUAAAAUUUUAAAAAAAAAAAAAAAAAAAAACAAUUUUUAUGUUUAAUAUUUUUAAUUUGUUAUCUAUGGUGUGUUAUUAUAUUUUUAUUUCAGUGUCUGCAUAUCACGGAUAAUACAAAGUGCAAAAAAUACUAAAACGUCAACAAACAAUUAUUAAUGUGAUUAGUGAUUAAAUAAAUUAAAAAAAUAUUUUUUUUAUCAUUUUAUAAAAUCAAUCAAUAUUAUUUUUCAAAAUAUAUUUUUUUUAUUCAUAUAAAAUUGAUUGAUAUAUAAAAAAAAAAGCAGCUUUGUGCCGCGGCCAAUCACGACACUCAUUCAUUUUAUUUGAAUAUUGUUUUCAAUUGUAUAAGUGCAUAUGUGCAUUCUGGCGCUAGAUUAAUUGUGUGAGUGUAUCUGCAUAUAUAUAUGUAGUCUGUAUAUUACUGUGUGUAUUUGUAUGUGUACGCGUUUAUAUUGGGGAGUGUUUUUCUCGUGACUCGCAUUUAAAGUUUACAGUUGUGUGAUUCUGUGUAUAUAUAUACGUAUACCUGAAUAAUACAUACAUAUUAUAAAAAAUAUGUGUGUGUGUAUGUGUGUACAGUGCAUUGAGGCUUAAAAACGCCUCGAGCAUUUUUUUUUAAAUUUUUUUCCAUCGUUUUCGUUUGGAUGGAGGCGCCUCAAUGAGGAACCGAGGCGUGCUCCAAACCGCACACUCACACAUUGAUGUGUGUGUUUCAACAGUGAUAAUCCAAUACAUGAAUAAUUGCUGCUAAUAGAAAAUUAAAAAUCAGCCAAAAAAAAAUUUCGACUGAUGACAAUGUUAUUUAUUGUCAAAAAAAAAAAAAAAAGGAUAACCCAGUGAUGAAUCAUCAAUGAAAAUAAUAAUAAUAAUAAGGGAUUGAUAAUUAUCAUUUACGAGUGAUGGUGACAAGUGGCUGUGAUAAAUAUAAUGAUAAUUUAGUGAUGAAAUAAAAUAAAAAAGUGAUGAUGUUUUAAUUUAAUAAGAUUUUUAUAAAAAGAAAAAAUAAAAGUGUUGGUUUUUUUUUUUUAUUACAAAAGAAGUGUAAAUGAUAUAAAUGAUUUAAAAAAAAAAAAAAAAAGUGAGGAAACAAAUAAAUUUAAAAAAAAAAAGGAAUAUAAAAAAAAAAAUAGUCAAGUGAGUUUGUAGUUGUGCCGAGUGAUUGGAGAUAUACAGGAGAUACAGGAGUGAUGUGUUCGAUGGACGGAGAUCGUCUCGCGGGCGGUGGUCGGGGUUCAUACGCAUUUACCAGCGGAUCCUGUUUGGGACCGGAGGAAAAAGGCGUUGUAUCGGUGGCCAGGCUGGCGGGCGCCGAGGAAACGGUUCCAAGGGCAUGGCGACCACGCCAAUAGGCGGUCGCCUCCCUAACGUUAAUCGCAAAGGAAAUUUGCCGUGUGCUGGAUUAACAUCACACGUAACAUCAACAUUAUCAUCAAAAUUGUCUUUAUCAACAACCUCAUUACCAUUGACACAAUCAACAACGACAACUACAACAACAACUACAACAACAAAAUCUACAAUAACGUCACCACCAACUACCAGUAGUAGUAGUAGUAAUAUUAAUAAUAAUAAUAGUGUUGUUGUCAGUAGCGGUGGUGGUGGCGGUGGUAGCAGCAGCAGCAGCAGUAGCGGCAGCAGCAACAGUAUAAGUAGUAAUUGUAAUAAUAAUAAUAAUAAUAAUAAUAUUAGUACAAGUAAAAAUAAUAAAAUCAGCCGAAAAAAUCAACCGGAAAAGUUGAAAAAUUUGAAAGCAAGCACAGUGGCUGCUAACGUUGGAAAUACGGAUACGGCUGCGACGAAUGCAACCAACAACUUUGAAUACGACGACAAUGAAUGGGACAUUGGUAUUGGUGAUUUAAUAAUUGAUCUUGACGCUGACAUUGAGAAGACGAGAGACGAAAAAUUGAGUGCGGGAAACGGGAUGGCUUCAACGCCUGCCUCGGCAGCAGCGACAACAAAUAAUUGUAGUCACAAUCAAAAUAAUACAGUAAGUCAAAACAACAACAACAACAACAUCAACAACAACAACAAUAACAACAACAACAACAGCAUUAAUUGCAACAACAGUAACAGCAACAAUACCAACAGUAAUAAUAAUAAUAAUAGUAAUAAUAGUAAUAACAAUAUAAAUAAUAUAAAUAGUAAUUCAACGUCUGUUACUGGCAAUUUAAAUAAUCAAUCAUCGUCGUUUUGUUCAUCAUCAUCAUCAUCAUCUAUAUUAUCAUCAUCAUCAUCGUCCUCGUCGUCAUCGUCGUCGCCGUCUUGCGGCUUAAAUUCAAAUUCUUUAUCAUCCACUACUAGUAAUAAUAGUGGUAUUGGUAAUAGUGUUGGUAUCACUAAUAACAAUAAUAGUAAUAAUAUAAAUAAUAAUAAUAUUAAUUGUAAUAAUAAUAAUAAUAAUAAUAGUGCUGGUGCUGGUAGUGGAGUUAACUCGGUUAAUAAUACGAGUAUUACGGGAAACGUUAAUUCAGCAUCAGUUUGUAAUAAUUCAACGGGCAACGGUCCAACCGGGAAACCACAACCCGGCGCGGUAAACGCGGUACACACGAACUCUGGUAUUCCUGGAAAAAUGGCUGUUGAACAUUCGGCAACCGUCGACAAAGGCCUCAAAAUGAAGAUCAAAAGAACAAAACCAGGUUCAAAAACAAGCGAGGCCAAACAUGAAAUUGUCAAAUCAAAUGAACUUAAUGGUGGUGUUGGUAGUGUAGGUGUUAAUGUUAAUGUUGGUGGUGUUGGUAGUGUUAGUAGUGGUGGUGUUGGUAGUGGUGGUAUUAGUAAUGUUGGUAAUAAUGUAACAACAAUUGAUACAAAUGCUAAUUCAUCUUCAUCAAAUUCUUCCUCUUCCUCAUCAUCAACAUCAUCAACCUCAUCCACAUCAUCAUCAUCAACAUUAUCUACAUCACAAUCUUCACAAAAUUCAAUUGUUGAUAUUGGUAAUAAUUCCUCAUCAUCAAAUAAAUCAAAACCUCACUCACCAGCAUCAGCGUCAUCUGGACAAACUGUUGCUGGUUCAAAACGUGGCUCAAGUGGUCACAGACGUGACAAAGCAAGAGAUAAACAUGAUAAGCCACAGAGCAAUCAUACACCCCAACAAAAUAAACCAGAGAUGAAUGGCACAACUAGGCCUGUCUCACAAACACAAAAUUUAUCAUCGGGUGCAACAGCACAAACUCAAGGACAAAACCCUUCUGCAAUUGCACCCCAACAAACUCAGGGACCAUCACCAUCAUCAAGAACAGCUUUUUCUGUUUCACAAGUUGGUGGUAAUGGUGGUGGUGGUAGUGGUGUUAGUGGCGGUGGCAGUAAUAAUAGUAAUACUAGUAAUACUAAUAAUACUACUAGUAAUAACAACAACAAUAAUAAUAGUAAUAAUAAUAGUAAUAGUAGUAAUAAUAGUAAUAGUAAUAGUAGUAGUGGUGGCAGUGGAAGUGGCAGUGUUGGUAGUAGUGGUGGUGCUAAUAGUGGCAGUAGUGGAACUAGUGCAGGAGGAGGAGGAGGAACAAUAGGAAUAGGUGGAAGUGUUGUUGGUAACAACAAUAAUAAUAAUAAUAAUAAUAAUAGUGCCAACAAUAGUGGUACUGGUGGUAGUGCUACUAAUAAUUCUGGUUCACCAGCAACUAGUGCAACAGUACCAUGUCCACCACCAAGUCCAGCAUCAACAACAACAACGACAACAACAACUGGUUCAUCAGUUAAAAUUGAACCAACAAAAGUUGCAACAGUGCCUGGAUCAAAUAUCAACAAUACAACAACAGACGAGACAAUGGAUACAGCGGAAUGUAGUCCGCCACCAGCUAAAAAAAUGAAAACUUCAAAUUCUGAACCAAAGGACAUGUCUGACGUGUGUGUUGGAACUAGCGUUGGGACAAUAACUGAACCCGAGUGUCUAGGACCAUGUGAACCUGGCACAUCAGUAACAUUGGAGGGAAUUGUUUGGCAUGAGACUGAAGGAGCAGGUGUAUUGGUCGUAAAUGUAACGUGGCGGGGUAAAACGUACGUUGGUACGCUACUCGAUUGUACAAGACAUGAUUGGGCACCACCACGUUUUUGUGAUUCACCAACAAGUGAUUUAGAUGCAAGAACACCAAAGGGUCGAGGGAAACGUGGUCGUGCAGCAGCAAAUGCAACACCAGGAAAUGAUUUAAGUAAUUUUACUGAAACACGUAGUUCAGUACAUAGUAAAUUACGUAAUGGUGGUGCUAAAGGUCGUCGUGGUGCACAAGGUUCACCAGCAGCUAGUCCAAGUCCUGCACCAUUUGUACCACCAAGACCAGAUCCAGCAGCUAAAAGAAAAUCACGUGGUCCAGAAGAAGAAGAAAAAACAAAAAGAAGAGCACCACCACCAACACCACCAAGUGGCUCACCACCAGCAAGUCCAGUAUUACUUGAAUGUCCAGAGCCAAAUUGUAGUAAAAAAUAUAAACAUAUUAAUGGAUUAAAAUAUCAUCAAUCACAUGCACAUGGUUCGGCAGAUGAUGGUAUUACAAGUAUGUCAGAAAAUGAUGAAAGUAAUAUUGAAGUACCAAGUCCAGCAACACCAGUUAAAUCACCAGCUGAUAAAACUGAAACUGGUACACCAGUAAGGCCAACAAGUCCACCUGUAUCAAAUCCACCAGAGACUCCAUCACCACCAAGAGUACCAACACCAACAACGACAGAUUCAUUGUCAACUCCAAUAUCAAGUGAAAAAAAUAGUAUAGUUAAACCUGGUGUAUUAAGGUUUGGACAAGAUGAUUUACCUGGACCAACUGUUCAAUCAAAUACACGACCAGUUCAACAGCAAUCAUCAAUACCUGUUGUUGUAAAUCCACCUCAAAGUCCUUCACCCCAUUUGAGCCAAUCACCAAGGCCAAUACCCUCACCACAUCCAAUUCCACAACCUCUAAAUAUACCUCAACCACCUCAACCAUCACAAUCACCCCAAAUAGUUCAACAAGUUGUGGUGCCACAAGUUGUGCAGCAACAGCAGCAGCAGCAGCAACAACAACAGCAGUCACAACCACCUCCACCACCAACCCAACAACAAUUACAGCAACAACAGCCACAACAAUUACAACAAUUACAACAACCUCAACAGCCACAACAAUUACAACCACAGCAACUACAACAACAGCCACAACAAUUACAACAACCACAGCAAUUACAACAACAACCACAACAAUUACAACAACAACAACAACCUUCACUUGUUGUUAAUCCAUCUGUUGUUAAUCAAGUACAAACGUUGAAUCAAAGCCCACAGCCACAGUUACAGCCUGCCCAUCAAUUACAACCAAUACAGCAUAGUAUUGAUCGAUCAUUGGGACAACCAGCUCCAGCACAUUCAGGUCUUAUGCAAGUACCAGUUCAACAACAAUUACAACAACAGCAAGUACAACAACAACAAGUACAACAACAAGUACACCAGUCACAACAACAACAACAAAUUCAACAACAACAAAUACAACAACAAUCACCUGGUCAAAUACAACAUUUAGGACUUGGAGGUCAAAUUGGUGCUACAAUGCAACAACCAUUACAAAGUCCAGUUCAAUCACAUAUGCAAUAUCCAACAGUUGGUCUUCAUACUAAAAUGCCACAAUUUAAAGUAAGACCAACUGCAGCAUUAAUGCCUGAACAACAACAAGAUAAAAAUAAAGAUCAAAAAACAUCAAAACCUCAGGGAUACAAGAAAAAAUCACGUAAAUCACCUGGUGGUAGUCCUCAUCCAUCUCCUCUUGAACAACCAAUUGUUGAUUCUGGAAGAGAAGAUGUACAAAGUCCAGCAUAUUCAGAUAUAUCUGAUGAUGCUGCACCAGUAUUAGAAGCUGAAUCUGCUGAUAAAUUAAAACAAGUAGAAAAAGAUGUUAAACCUGGUACACAAGCACAUUUGCCACCACACUUUAGUAUGUUUCCAUAUUAUGGACAACCACCGUAUUUGGUGCCAAAUGUACAAGAUAAAAUUAAUGAUCAAAAACCCAGUGAUUUAACACCAAUUAAAACAGAAAUGAAACCUCUUAAUAUACCACAAAUGCCUUCAAUGACAAGUUUACAAAAUUCAGAGAAGGAUAAAAAAGAAUUAAAUCCACCACCUCAACAACAGCCACAUUAUUAUAGUAAUUAUGGUGGAUAUAUACCACCAGGUUAUCCAUAUCAACCACAACCUGUUCAACAACAACAACAGCAACAGCAACAACAGCAGCAACAACAACAACCAAUUCAACAAAUUCAACAACAAACGCAACAAUCACAAAUGCAAAGUCAACCAAUGGAAACUGAUAGUCAUGAUACAAUAAAAGCUAAAAUAAAACAAGAGCCAUUAUCACAAUCAAGCAUGAAAGAUAAACAACAUGAUAAUCAUCAAAUACUUAAAGAAAGUAUAGAAAUGAAAAGUCAAAUGAGUCCUUAUCAUGUAUAUCAUGGUUCACAAAGUCGUGAACAACAACAACGACAGCAGCAGCAACAACAACAGCAACAACAACAACAACAACAACAACAACAACAAUCACUUCCACCACCAGUACAAGAUGAUAGAAGGUAUUAUUUAUAUCCUGGUGAACAAAGAAGAAAAGAUGAACCAAUGAAAAAUUCACAACAAAUAAAACCACCACCACCAAGUCCAAAACAUCAAUCAAAACAAGAUAAACCACAAGAUCUUGGUAAAAAUGAUGAUAAUAAAAAUAAACAAGAAGGUGUUAAACCAACAAUGGAAACACAAGGACCACCACCACCACCAACAUCACAAUAUGCAUAUAUACAUCCUGGUUAUAUGCCACCACAACAUUAUGGUGGUAUACCAUUUGAUCCAGGUCAUCCAGUAUAUCGUGGUUUAAGUCCAAUGCUUGUACCAGGACCAUUUUCUGGUAAUCCAUAUUUACAUCAAAUGCCACGUUAUCAUGCACCAGAAGAUUUAUCACGUCCACCAGGUGGUAAAGCACUUGAUUUACUUCAACAUCAUGCAAAUCAAUAUUAUUCAGCUCAUAAAAUACAUGAAUUACAAGAACGUGCAUUAAAAUCACCAACACCAAAAACAACAGCAUCAUCAUCAAGUCCAUCAUCUGUUGGACAAUCACCAGCAAGGCCACCAAGUGGUCCACCAACAUCAACAACUGGAUCAGGACAACAAACUGGUCAAGGACAACAACAGGGUAAUAAACAACAAGUGCCUGGUGGUAAUCCACAAUCAUCAGGGGUUGGUGAUACUGGUGUUGGUGGUGGUGGUGGUAAUAUUGGUAAAGACAGUAGAUCACCACCACCACAGAGGCAUGUACAUACUCAUCAUCAUACGCACGUUGGACUUGGUUAUCCACUACUAACAGGACAAUAUCCUGCUCCUUAUGGAGCGGCAGUCCUGGCGAGUCAGCAGGCUGCCGCAGUAGCUGCCUCGGUGAUCUCACCCUUUCCACCCAAGUGACCCGCGGCCCCCGCAACAAUUGCCGGAAAUUCUUCACAAACCCAUCAUACACAUCAAUCAAGCAACGCAAGUAUCACAGGUGUUGUUCAUUCACACAUCAAUUCAACCAGACAAUGAGUAUUUUAAAAAUUGUAACCGGUGUAUGUAACUUUGUUUUUUUUUUUAAAACAAAUUAAUAAUUUAUUGUAAAAUAUUUAUUCAUGCACUUGGCAACAUUACUUAAGAUAAAAAAAUGAUAAUAAUAAUAUUAGAUCAAUUUUAGCAUUUCAAAUUUACUGGUUUUACCAUAAUUUUUAAAAUUCAAAUGACAAAAAUACGUAAAAUAAAAAAUUAAAAUUAUCUCAUGAAUAAACUAGCAUUUUUUAUGAAGAAAAAAAAAAGAAACUCCAAUUGGAAGUAAUGGAUUUAACAAAAAAUAAUAAUAAUAAUUUUAAAAAAAUGUAAUUUGGUAAUGAAUAUGAAAUGAUACAGAGGAAGGGGACCAUUAUUAAUUCCAUAAUAGUCGAGUGAAAGAUUGGCACGGUAGAUAAAUCAUGGCUAGACUUUUUUAGCGGGUGGCAAUGUUUUUUAUUAUUAUUUCAUUAUUUUUUAUUUAUUAUUUUUUUGUUUUUAUUAAUAAUAUAAUAUUAUUAUUAUUUAUGUAAUAUAGUAAUAUUAUUUUUUUUAUAUAAAAUAAAAAAAUAAAAAAAAAAAAAAAAAGAUCUUGUCACAAGUCAAAUUCAGUGCACUCGUGGUCAUGCAUUUUAUAUCGAUAAAUGUGAUUUUUAUUUCUUUAUCAAAAGAUAAUAAUUAAUUGAUAUAUAAAUUAAUUAUUAUCAAUUUUUUUAAUAAAUAAUUAUUUAAUAAAAAAAAAAAAAAAAAAAAAUAUGCAAAUAAUACUCUGUAUUGACUACGUUUAGUUUUUAAGAUAAUAUGAGAAUUUAAUUGUCUCAGAAUUUUGUAAAUAUUGUAAUUACGUUAAUGAUAAGGAAAAAAAUUAGAAAAUAAGAAAAUAAGAAACAGAAAAAUAAUCCACAACAAGUAAACAUUAAUAUGACGGUCGUAUGUUUAAGUGCAUAAACAAUUAGAUAUUAAAAUUUAUCAUAUGUACAUAAGUAUUUUUUUUUUUUUUGAUCGUAGCAAAUGUAAAUUAGUGAUAAAUAAAAUAAUUAAAUAAUAAAUGCAUAUUAUGCAGCAUUAGCCAAGUCAUACGGCACAUUGUAUAGGUGUGUUUUGUAAUGAAUAUUGUAAUUCUUCCACAAUAAUUUCAAAAUGAAAAAAUAUAUAUAUAAAUAAUUUAAUUUAUUGAAAUUAGAUAUAAGUGGAAAAAUAAAAUUGAAAAAAAUAAUGGUAAUGACUGCAUAUUUAUGAAUAUUUUUUUUUUUUUUUUUUAAAUAUAUAUUAUGACCUGCUAGCCAACUAGCAAGUCUCGGUAGACUGAAAAAAACUCUCCGUGAAUGUGGGUUAAAAAAAAAAAAAAAGCUUUUUCUUUUUUUUAUAUGAAAAAAUAAAUGUUAAAUUAAAAAAUACGAAUGCUUUUGAAAUGGGAAAAUUAAAAAUGAAAAUAACCACCACGAGAGUUGACACAAAGUGAAAAUUCUUGUAACUAUAAAAAGUUAUGUGCAUAGUAAAAAAAAAAAAUAAAGUAAAAAACAUAAACAGUGAGAAAAAAUAAAGAACAAUUUAAGUAAAAAAAGUGGUGUAUACUUGUGUGGAUGUAUAAAUGAAAAUGAUGUAUGGAAAAAAAAAAACCCCGAUGUCCAAAUCGAUGUAUUUUACUGUAUAUUAUUAUAAUACAAGCUCCGAUUUUUGUAGAAAUAAAAAAUUACUAUUAUAAUAAAUAUUAAUAAUUAAUUAAUAAACUUGAACUUAUACAUAUAAUCUAUUAGAAAAAAAAAAAAUUAAAAAUUUAUUAUAUAAUGUAUUUGGUAUAAAAAGAGAAUACGAUUCAAAUAAUUAAUAAAUAAAUAAAAAAAAAAAGGGAUUUUAAAAGAAAAAAUAAUAUACAAGCAACAAACACGAUUUAAAAAAAAAAAAAUUAUAAAGAAAAUUAUAAUUCAUAAGUCAGAAGAAAAUCAUGAUUCUAAAUAACUAAGUGGCGUUAUAAGUAACUGUAAAUCUAUGAUGAAAAAAAAUAAAAAAAUUUAAAAAAAAAAUUUAAUAAGUAGAAUGAUAUUUGUUUACUAAAAAAAUAAUGAUGUGGAAAAUAAGAAUUUAUUAAUGGGAAAUGAUUUAAAAAUUAAAAUAUAAAAUGAAAAAAAGUAAAAAAAAAAAAACAACGUAAUAAUUAUAAAUAUAAAGGUAUACAAUUUAGGUAAAAAAAAAAAAAAAAUCUACAUAAUAUUAGUUCGGUAACGACUUAUUAAUUACGAUUCAUUAUUUUAUUACAAUUGCGAUAACGAGAGAGAGAGAGA